UGAAAAUGCGCCGUACUUUAUUUUCUUCCACGAUUUUUCUCUUGCUAUUAGUGGUGCCAUUUGUGCUAAGCCAAAAUGGAACAGAAUUUGCUGAAGAUGAAGAAGAGACCACGGAGGAAAUCUAUGACGAAGCAGAAUUCAAUGCCACUGAAGCUGUUGUUGAAAACGGUACAACGUAUAUUGAUGUUAAUAUAACUGAAACACCUCCAGCAAAUAUUACUGAAACAACCAGCUCACCAAAUACCACAUUAAAUGGAACGUAUUUAUCUGCAACGCCAGUUCCAACGACCACAAGCACUAUUCCACCCAUUCACUUUCCUGAGCGGGCUGUUGGGCAGUGGUUUUGCGCCUGUGACCUUCAGGUUGGAGUUUGUGAUGCAAACUGCUGUUGUGACCGAGAUUGCUCCAGAUUUGAUUUGACUGCGUUUCCUUGGUGUGACAGAGUGAAGGAACAUCCUGAGGAAAAAUGUAAAACAAAUGGGUUUCUGUGUAUCUUCAAAGACAAUGCGCCAGAAAGACUUUGGCUGAAAAAUCCAAAGAUUUCUCAAACCAUAAAAGAAUUUGAUUCAUUGGCUGCCAUAGCUCCUAAGUGGAGUUGGCCUGAGCAAGAGGCUCUUACAAGCAAGCCAAAAUUCUAUGCCACUAGAAAAUAUAAGGCUGGAGACGUUAUUUGGUCCACUCGAGACAAUAAAACCAUCGAAACAUUUGGUAGGUGUAUCAGCAGCGUUUGCAAAUCGGUCACAUUUAAUAAAAAAACUUUAGCGCUACCUUUGAUUGGAAGGCAGUGCUUUCAAAACAAAACUGUACGGUACCUCAACGACAUAUCAAACUCGUGCGCUACAAAUAAAAACAACAAAAUCCUCUUGAGCGACUAUUUCAAAGGACUGGCAUUACUUGCUGACACAUCUGUGCCCAUUGAGAACCAGACAGAGUCUUGGGUGCAAGUAAAGCAGUACAUCUGUAUAAAUGAUUCUAUUGAAAACUGCACGGAGAAUGCAAGCAAUGUGAAGGUUCAAAGAAUUUUAUUCCAUAUUUUCCAUAACGGGACUCAAGGAAUUGCAAGUGCCAAAUUAUACAUGUGGAAAGCUGAUGAAGAGGCUGACACAGUCAGAAAUAUUCAAAUGAAUGCAAGGAUCACAUUUCUUUGGAAUGAUGUUCAACCACCCGCCAGGGUCAGAAGCGGUUCUCCAGGUUACGUUCCUGGUCUACCAAUUCUGACGGGUAUAUUGAGCAACAACAGGACCACAGUAAUAGCUUUGGGUCACUUUAACUUGGCAUCUGCUGACAGUAGCGGUAAAUGCGAUCAAAAAAAGAAGCUUUUGUUUGGGGAGGAUAUAUUAAUGACUUGUGACAUGCCUCUGAACUGGACGAGCUGCAUUGCCGCAGACGCAACGGCAACCCUAGCAGGUCGGUACUUGAAUUCAGUGGUCGGCGCGUUUGGUGAUUCAGAGGAGGGUACUUUAAACGACUGGAUGUCCAUCUUAGUCAAGGAACAACCACCAAAUGUACCAACCAACUGUCAAAUGGCUCCAACAAAUCUGGUUAUACAAAUUCUUUGGGCCAAGGUUGGCGCAGUUCAGAGACCGCAGAACAAAAUUGUGGGAAUGAUGAUUUCAUUUGGUGGGCAUAGAGUUUUAACAGGUGUAUCUGCACGACUGACAACUUCAGUUACAUUUAAAGAGGUAACUACUGGACUCAAAGGCUUAUUUGCGCCACCACCAAAGUACGAAAUUCGUUUGCCAAGUGACUUUUUCUAUCCUCUUUUUAGCGCAGUUGGUGUUAAACAAGCCAAUAUGUUAAUAUUGUGCUUUAGUGCUGUUUUUACAUUUAAAUUGAUUUAGUCACAUUGAAUAUUUUAACUAAGAGUGUCUUGUAAUUUUGUAACACAAUUGUCUAUAACGUCAAAAACGAAUAAAAUCUUUUAUAUAAACAUGUGAAUUGUGAAACGUAAAAGGAGAUUUUCCUUUCCUUUCCUUUUUUUUUUUUUUUUUUUUUUUUUUUUCAAGUUUA